CAUUAAUUUGAUGGCACAUAAUUUGACAACGAGUGCUAGACAGGCAACAAAAGAUCAAAUAAUUCUCUGUUUCGAUUGAAACAGAGAACUGAAGAAGAACCAAUGGAAAUUUAAUAUAAAAAAUCUGACAUUUUAUAAAACAACAAUAAAGAUAAAAGGAAAAAACGGGUGGUGAUUUGAGUUUGAUUUGCAGUUAGCCAAAGCAAAGCGAUGACACUUCAAGCAACUUCCUGCAACUUUGGAGCCAUUUCAUCUCUGCUUCGUCCUCCUAAAAUUUCCCGUCAUCGUUUCGUGAUCAGAGCUGAAGUGGAACCGUCAGAGAAAUCUGUGGAAAUCAUGAGGAAAUUCUCAGAACAAUAUGCACGUCGCUCAGGAACCUAUUUCUGUAUGGAUAAGGGAGUUACUUCUGUUGUAAUCAAGGGAUUGGCGGAGCAUAAAGAUUCGUUGGGUGCGCCACUUUGCCCUUGUAGGCAUUAUGAUGACAAAGCUGCCGAGGUCAGUCAGGGAUUUUGGAAUUGUCCAUGCGUUCCUAUGAGAGAGAGAAUGUCACUGCAUGCUCUUUCUCACUCCGGAUAACGACUUUGCUGGCCAAGAUCAGACCAUAACAUUGGAAGAAAUCAAGGAAACAACAGCAAACAUGUAACACUUGACGGUUUCAAAUUUUGUUUCUUAAACGGUCAUAACUUGUUUUUUGGCCCUCGAAAAAAGAAAAACAGAACAGAGGUCGAAUUUUAUAUGUAUAUUUGUAUGUCAACAGGGGGAUAAAUUCUUUUUUUUUUUGUUGCACCUCCUAUAAUAUGCUAUUAUAGUUAUUAGCUAUUUGUAUCAACCUUCUAAUUGCUGCCAUUGAUUUUGGAAUUCUUUGGGCUAUAAAACUUGUGAGUUGUACAA